UUUUUAUAGGACGAGAAAGUACGGAGUAUUUGGGAAGUCAAAAUGAUCGUUUUUCACACACCAAAUAGCGAAUACCGAUCGUUGAGAACCACAAAUUGAAUUGAAGCUCGUAGAAAACAUAAUCAACAGAAGAAGAAGACUCAGAAAAAGGGGUAACAGAUGGAAACUUCAUCUUCCACCAUAGCUUCUCUGCUCCUCCGAAUUUUCCUUUGCGCAGACAAAUCCCUUUCCUUUCUCCACAAUUACAAAAUUCUUCACCUCCUGCGUCAAUUUAUUCUCUCAUCUUUCCUCUUCUUCCUCAGCCUUCUGCCUGCUCUCUUCUCCUCCUCGCAAUCCCCCAAAUCGGAUGAUAACCCCGCCACCGCCGGAGUUGGCAGCUCCGGCGUUUCUAGGGCUCUAUCGCAGCUGCUGCUGCUCAUGAACGAUAUUCCGGUCAGUUCUAGAAAAUACGAGGCCGUCAGAUCCCUAGCCGAGAAGCUCAUCGACGGCAACUUAAUCGAGCGCAAGAGUGCCUUGACGGAGGUCAACUGCGCCGUGCUAUCGGCGGCGUUCGCGAGGUCGCUGAGCCAGCUUGAGGCCGCCAUGGCGGAGCAGGGGUGGAAGAGCGGCGGCGACGACGCCGCCCGCGAGGGUGAUUUGUUUGUCUACUACGGGAAGGCGAGCCGCUUGGUGAAAGGGGUGAAGUAUUAUGGGCGGGCGGCGUGGCGGUGGGCGAAGGUGAAGGGCGAGGUGAGGCGGCCGUGGAGCUCGGCGGAGAAGCUGGCGGCGGAGCUGCUGUGGCUGGCGCAGAAGAUGGCGGCUUCUGGGUGCGCUGAAGAAGCAGUUAGUAAGUGGGCUUCAGCUGUUAAGAUGGCUUGGCUCGCCUUAUCCACUGAGCCCAGGCUCCAGGGCUCCUUAGUUAAGCUCUCAGCAUUCUUGAUUAGAGAAGCAAAAGAAAUGAGGAAGCAAGAAGAAGACGAGGAAGGUAGUAGAGCAACGAAGAUGAGAAUGCUAAUGUCGUGGCUUCCGCUGCUGUGCUGCGCGAACAACGGGACUGACGCACCGGUUCUGAGCAUGGCGGAGAGGGCGGAGCUGGAGACAAUACUGGAAGAGGUGAUCUGGUCGUUGGGCGAAGAGGAGCAAGAGAUGGUGUUGUCCCUUUGGCUCCACCACUUCACGUACUGCCCCGCCUCCGACUGGCCCAACCUCCGCUCUUGCUACACCCGAUGGUAUACGGCCUCCCGCGCUACCCUCCUCAUGCACCACCAUACUUCUUCUUGAUAUAUACAUUCAUGUACAAAAUCUUUCUUUUCUAACUUAUCUUGGGAUAUCCAUAUAUACGAGAGUUGUUCUCAAUUCUCAUUCACGCUGUUUUUAGGGAAGAAAUAAAUAUAAUUUUUUUGUUUAA